AUGUCGACCGGCGUGCCGCUGUCUGAGCCGCCCAAGGGAGACGCUGCCAUCCUGCCGCACGAAAAGGUGUUUCCCAUCCAGAUCGGCUCGCAUCUCUUUCGUCUCUCCGGCGCUUCCAUCGCCUCGGAUGGUAUCUUCCCCUGUCCUCCUCGCUUCUAUUCUUCCGGUGUUUUCUCUGCUGACAUGAUAGAGCACCGUCAUACUUCUCGCGCUUCUUCGAGGAGCAGCUGGAGAGCAACCCGGACGGCAACCAAUCGUCAAGACACAGCUGUUGAUGGGAUUGUGCUUGUAGGAUACUAUGUGCGCCCAAAGGAUGGGGCUCACUUCGUCAAGCUCUUUGCUGACGCCCAGUUCUACAGCUGUAAGUCUACCCCUUUUUUUUUUGGCCUGAAGGUAAAAAAAGGAAGAAAGAAAUUAGUUACGGUGCUAACAGGCCAUGCAACAGUGCCCCGCUUGAUAGCUCAGCUGUUCGAGUGCGAAAUUUUCAUCCAGAUUGGAGACCGUCACUUCCAGAUUCCCCGAGAUAUCUUCUCUAGCCCGGGGGACUCGCCCAACUUCUUCUCCCUCGGCUUUGCCGUGUUCUUUGCCUCUCCCACCGCCGUCUUCCCAGGCCUCGAGCGCGAAGGCCUCCUGCGCCCGCCUUCCAUCACUCCUCCCAUCGUCAGCAGCCGAUCUGGAGACGUCUUCGCCGAACUGCUGCAUUUGUUGCGUGGCUACCCGGUACACAUCCGCGACGAAGAGCAUCGGGCAUGUCUGCUGCGAGAUUGCCGUUACUACCAUUUGCGUGGCCUCGAGCAGAAGUUGAUACCCCAUGACAUCAGCUAUAACCUGGAGAGACGCCGGUUCGAGAUCACCGUACGCCUCGAAGACGUCCGGCCGUCUGGCAUCACCUUUGUUCCUGACGGAGAGGGCAGCAGCAACCCCAAUGCCAACAGCACUAUUACAGGAGGGUGGAUACAUUAUGCCCGGCCGUUCGUGGAUGAUGAUCAUCGUGAAUUGAUCAUUGAAAUUGGCGGCGGCAACACCCUUGUCGACUUGACCACCAUGCGAGCCGAAUUGCACGGCCUGGCCAAAGCUCGUGUCACCAGCCUGUGCCAGGUCAUUUCUAACAAGAUGAAUUUACCCACCAACACUCCCCUGAGCCUUACGGUGACGCCCGGAAAUAGCAGCAGCAGCAAUAACAGCCCUGCCAACGGUAGCAACACUGCUUUGACCGGAGAUAGGAUCAAGAUCCACAUUGACUCAAGUACAGACAUCACCCUCGAUGGCGAGCCCUUUAGCCCCAACAACAACUACGAUACCACCUCCAACGGCUCCAACAACAGCACAUUCCAACCGGCAGAAGCUCCCGCUGGUUACUCGCCCAUGGAAGGCAAUGCACCCCCAUUAACUCCAUCUGGCCUCUACCCCCGCCUCCAGACACCGUCUGCCGCCGCUGUCCAGCCCAACCAGCAGCUGCCCCGCAAGCGCCGCAGGGUCGACGGCAGCGAGAGGAGCCGCCAGUGGGUGGUCGAUCGUGGCCAGUGGCGAUUGCGAGUCCAUCCCAGCACCAAUGCCAGCACCGGCACGAGCCAGAUGGAGAUUGUCUUCGUCGCCGUCAAGCUUGAGGCUCACUCCAGCCAGCGAGCCCGCAAUGCUCGUCGGUCCUUCGUCUCUUGA